UAACUGAUUUUGUGUUCACUGGGAGCGUCUGCAACUUUGGGCUCUUCUGCAUACCCGUUUCCUCCCAGCGGGGGGCCGCCUGCUCUGUGGCCAGGGCAGUGACGUCACGGAAAAGCCCUGUCUCUGAUCAGUUGUGCUUAAUAUAAACCUGGGGGAGCCGAGCAACUGCUGGAGAGAGGCAGUCAGUCAGUCAGUCAGUGGGAAGGAGAGGAGUUUACUCCAGCAGAGCGGUCCGCCAGCCUGCGCUCGCUCCUUCGCGUGAACAGGAGAUUCCCCGGGAUCCCGCCGCUGCCUUGACUGGAAGGGACUGUGAAAAGUCAGGAACCAACAAUGACUCUGAACAAUGUCACCAUGCGCCGCAGCAGUACAGCCCUGCAGGCACAGCAGCAAAGGUGGAGCAUCCCUGCAGACGGGAGGCACCUGAUGGUCCAGAAGGACCCCCACCCAUACAACAACCGAAACCGAUACUCCAUGAAUCCAGAAGACUACUAUCGUCGAAGCUGGUCAUCUGACUCCACAGAUUCAGUUAUCUCCUCAGAGUCUGGAAACACAUACUACCGAGUGGUACUGAUUGGGGAACAUGGCGUGGGCAAGUCUACCCUGGCCAACAUCUUUGCAGGUGUGCCUGACAGCAUGGACAGCGACUGUGAGGUGUUGGGAGAAGAUACCUAUGAACGAACCCUGAUUGUUGAUGGGGAAAGUGCAACCAUCAUCCUAUUGGACAUGUGGGAAAAUAAGGGGGAAAAUGAAUGGCUGCAAGAGCAUUGCAUGCAGGUGGGGGAUGCCUACCUGAUUGUCUACUCCAUCACUGACAGAGCAAGUUUUGAGAAGGCAUCUGAGCUUCGAAUCCAGCUUCGCCGGGCUCGCCAAACAGAAGACAUUCCCAUUAUUUUAGUUGGGAACAAAAGUGACUUGGUGCGGUGCCGAGAAGUCUCUGUAUCAGAAGGGAGAGCAUGUGCAGUAGUCUUUGAUUGCAAGUUCAUCGAGACCUCCGCUGCAGUCCAGCACAACGUGAAGGAGUUGUUCGAGGGCAUUGUUCGACAGGUGCGGCUGAGGCGGGAUAGCAAGGAGAAGAAUGAGAGGAGGCUUGCCUACCAGAAGAGGAGAGAGAGCAUCCCCAAGAAAGCCCGGCGGUUCUGGGGCAAGAUUGUGGCCAAGAAUAACAAAAACAUGGCCUUCAAGCUGAAAUCCAAGUCCUGCCAUGAUCUCUCUGUGCUUUAGAAGCUUCUGCCUCCCCGAGAUGUCCUCCUUUAUGGACAUUGUUAAAGUCCAUUGGGACCAAUAAUCAAUCUACAUUAGAUUGGAUGCUCGUUCAUUGUUAGACUUGGUGUCCCCAUUGCAGAUGGGAAUUGGCUACAUGCAACACGAUGCAUGGGAAAGGAGAGGUAUUUGUUACUUGUCAGUAUUUAAUCACAGGAAAAGGCUUGUCUUUUCUACCCGAAUCCAUCCAAACAUACAGGGCAAGUUUUGCUGUUGACAUGCUUUUUUUUCUUCUCUCUUUUUGAUAACAGCAGAAUUAAAAAAAAUGGAACACCAAGGACGAGAACUUUUCCUCAUUAACAUAACUUUAUCUAGUGGUCUGCCCAGUGAAUUUGAAGCCAAUGUGGCAUAAUUCUAUAUAGUGCAGCCUUCUGAGGGCUAUUCAGUGUGGGGAAUUUGUGUCCUUUUUCGCCAUAAGAAUGGCCUCCCCAGUCAAACUCAGAGGUGCCUUGUUAUGCUUUAUAGAGUUACAACUGGAGUGCUGGCCUCAUUACUAUGACAUUGUUAUUCUUUGGUAAAGCUGUGAAAAGAAGUGACCAACCUCACUGGAAACUGAACCUUAGGAAAUCAGUUUUGUUAAGUGCCCGCAGCUAGAAAUCUACAGUUCUGUAGACUAGAUAAUUGAUAUAUGUACCCCUCAUAUGGUGUCAAAAAUUAUAUCCUUGAAUAUGUAGCUUAAUUUUUUGGUGUGUGUUGUUGUUGAUUUCAGGGAGAAAUGCUUUUCACCAAGUUCUCCUUCAAGUCAAAAUAUUCUUUAAAAUGAUCGUCAUUUGUUAUGCCAUGGAGCCAUUAAAAAAAAAUCAGAUCUUUUAAAAAACAGUCUGAUUGUUGCAAUCAGGAGAGCAAAUGCCAAAUGUUUGAAUAUAAACAGUGGUCUGAGCUUUUAUAAAACAUUUCUUUGUGCCCAUGUACUUCUGGUACUUGGCAGCAGCCCUCGUGUAUGUCACAGCUAUGCCAUAUUUAUUAUUAUUAUUCUGCAAAAAGAAUAAACAUUUUAAUAUUUGAUAAUGUGUAUUUAUGAACAGAUUUCUUAAUAGGAAAAUGUUGAUUUUUAUUACUGUUUUCUAUCUUUUUCAGAAUAUGCCAGUUUUUACCUACAUGUCUUGUAAUAAAAGAAAUAAAAAAUGUUUGGAAAAAAC